CGUUAGCUGUGUGCUGUAAUUUUGUUUGUUUUAAGUUUGUAUGGCUUUGUAAGGUUAUCGUUUUAAUUGAAGUGACACUCUUGUGACACUAAACAAUGGUAGAAUGGAAAAGUUCGACGUCAUUCAUUCGGCUAGGAGAUUACCAUGGAAGGUCAAACGAGAGACUGCUCGUCACCUACCUACUACGAGGAAGAAAAUUUAAUGGUGAUCCGCUUCUCUCCGUUAGUAAGGAGACAGAAACAACCGAUGAAGCUUUGAAUACACACAAAGCCCUGUUUCAUAAACAGGGAAGGAAAAGUUUGAGAAUCAUCAAAGCUGUUAAGUCCAGAAAAAAGUUGUGUGGGUUAGAGAAUUAUAACAGGUUUCUUUUCUUGCUGAGAAUAGGAUUGGACUCCGCAUGAUCAUGAUUGUUAUAGCAGAAAGAAGCAUCCUACGCACAACACAUUAUCAUGGCGUUCGAGGAACCAGAUCCAUCCAUCCUCAAAGCAGUAAACACCUUUAUUUGCAAGUCUUCACAGCCCGAGCUUCACCGAAGAAAUUUCAUGGCCGUGAGUGGAAAUGAAACGUGGAUGACAAACACUGUUUAGAGAAAAGAGAACACAAGCUUUGAUAUGUCGUGCUACGGGAGGAUGCCGAAGAUUUGAUGGGUAUAUCGUACAACGAAUGAUGAGAUAACACAUUUAUGGCACAACAUAAAUAACAGAAGAGAUCCGUUUAUAGGACACAUCCUAAGGCAUGAAUGAAUCUCCUGUUUCGUAAUUCAGGGAAGUGUGGGGUAGAUAUUGUAGAGAGAGGCCAAGGCUUCAGUACGGUAUGCGUGUUCAAAUGGAUGUAGGCAGAGAUGAAGAGGUUUGCACCGGAUACACUAGUGUGGAGAGCUACACCAAACCAAGACGUCGGACUGAAGGUCACACAGACUGAUCGAGCUGUAGGUCGGGAAUGCACAAAGUACAACGAAUGAUGCCGGUGUGGCGGUGUUCCAUCCUGCUGGUAAAUGAAGUCGUUCGGAUCAGUCUCGAACUGUGGGAAAAGAAGCACAUGGACACGUUUUCUGUAGCAGUGCUCUCGGCACAGAAAAACGGACCGUACACCUUUUCCCGUGAAACUACAUUAAACACAUUAAUUUUGCGUUCGGUGAACGCCUUUUUCGAAUCUACACAGAAAGGUGGAAUUAAUUUUACUAAUGACGGUGACACUCCAGAAAUCGUCAUAAACGUCGACAAGAAAAUGGUUACAAACCUUGGUAUGAUGACAACAGAGCCCCCGUCAAAGUUCAAACUGUUUUCUUGGAACAUUGAUGGACUGUCUGAGCAUAAUCUUAAAAUUAGAACCAAAGCUGUCUGCAAAACUAUCCAGUUUGAAAAACCAGACAUCAUAUUUUUGCAAGAGGUUAUUCCAGAAACAUUAAAUUACAUCAAAGACAAAUUGCCCGAAUAUGUGUGUAUUGCUGGCAAUACUGAAGGAUACUUCGUGGCUACCUUCUUGAGAAGGUUCACUGUGUACUAUGAUUCACAUAGGGUUGUUGAAUUUCCAAGUUCACUAAUGAUGAGGAACUACAUUGCUGCAGAGGCUCAUAUUGGACCCUUAAAUUUAUUGCUCAUUAACACUCACUUGGAGAGCACUGCAGACCAUGUAGCUGAAAGAAUAAAUCAGUUGAAGAGGAUAUUUCAGGAAAUGUUGACGUGUCCUGAAGAAAAGGUUGUUAUUUGUGGUGGAGAUUUGAAUUUGAGGGAAAAGGAUCUUACAGCAGCUGGAGGUCUGCCUCCUGGUGUCGAUGACCUUUGGAUUUCUUGUGGAUCACGGAAGACUUGCCAGUAUACCUGGGACAUGUUGCGUAAUACAAAUGUUGAGUUUCCUGGGAAAUAUAAACCUCGUUUCCGUUUUGAUAGAUUGUACUUACGCAAUUCUCAUCAAAAAUCAGUUGUGCCACAGUUUUUUGGCCUUGUAGGUAUUGAAAAAGUAACUAGAACUCAGUCGUAUCCAAGUGAUCAUUGGGGUAUCCAGGUACACUUUACUAUUGAAAAGAGGUGAAUAAAUGUGUGCUUAUUCCUUCAUUUUUAGUGUUUUUUAACUAUAUAUGCAAGAAAAUAGCAGACUUGAAGACUUUCGUGUUACUCACUGUGGUGUUAUGAGGCAAAAAACAUUUUUUGUUUGUGUUUAGGAAAUUAUUUUGUUGAAUUACUUAGACAUUAACAGUAUUAUCAGAUGUAUUGUGAUUUUUACAUUUUCUUAAUAUUUCAGUAAAUAAAUGGAUAGAGCUCAAA